AUGGGGCUCUUAACGUCAAUGGGGCUCUUAACGUCAAUGGGAGUGAAAGAUGUGAAAUGCGCCCCACCUCCUUUCUUCCCCCUGCACCCUCUGCCUCUCUCCAUACUCCCCCGUUCCGCACUCUCCCCACCCACCCACCACUUACUUUUCCCUGCCAUCCGCCUUCCGUCCGCUAAUCCUAGCAGCAGCGCUGGUCGCAGCAUCAGCAGCUGCGCUGCUCGGCUGGAAUCCCCUUCGCCCCACCGCCUCCCUCCCUCCGCCUGCUUCCGCCGCUGCUGUUCAGGUGUUUUGAUGGUUGUGCUGGGUGGUGGUGGUGAUGGUGAUGGUGGUGGUGGUGGUGGUGGUGGUGGUGGUGGUGGUGGUGGUGGUGGUGGUGGUGGUGGUGGUGGUGGUGGUGGUGGUGGUGGUGGUGGUGGUGGUGGUGGUGGUGGUGGUGGUGGUGGUGGUGGUGGUGGUGGUGGUGGUGGUGGUGGUGGUGGUGGUGAUGGUGGUGGUGGUGGUGAUGGUGGUGGUGGUGAUGGUGGUGGUGGUGAUGGUGGUGUGGUGAUGCUGCUGCUGCUCGUUAGACCGACCUCUGGGCCAAACCUCUGGAUCCCUCUGGCCGUGCAGGAGGCCAAGCCCCUAGGCCGCCUGUCCAAGCGCGCUCGCCUGCUGUACUGGCUGGACAACCUCUUUGCCACGGAGCCCAACAGCAAGGCACACACGCUGCUGGCCAUCUGCAUGCUCCUGACCUGGCUGCUGUGGGCGGGGUGCUGCCCUCACACUGCUGGCGAUCUGCAUGUUGCUCACAGCAGUGGGUGGUGUGUGCUGUACAAGGCAGCAGCCGACGACCUGCCAUCUCCACCACAUGAAACCCCUUUCCCAUUUCUUCAAACCCCUUACAACCCCUUUCAACCUGUUUCGCCCCCCCUUUCUUCUCAACCCCUCCAGGCACUGACGCUGCUGGCCAUCUGCAUGCUGCUGACAGCAGUGGGCGGGGCCCUCACACUGCUGGCGAUCUGCAUGUUGCUGACUGCAGUGGGCGGGGUGCUGUACAAGGCAGCAGCCGUGGCGUCCAAUGACGACCUGCCACUUGGCGAGUCCGUGUGGGUGUCGUGGACGUUUGUGUCCAACCCCAGCGAGCAUGUCAAUGAGGUGAGUGGCUCCCUCCUCCCCCCUCUCUCCCCCCAACCACACACACAGAGAGGGCGAGAGAGCAGGUGA